CCAACAGUGAGACCAGGAAGGUCUGAGUUUGCGGGAUCUUGACCAGUUCUUAAGGACAUGGACUGCGGUGUUGCAGAGUCUGCAGACAAGAUGGAGUCGGCUCCCUUCAGUAGAAGACAGUGGUCUUCCCUGUCACUGAGGGUGACAGCCAAAGAACUUUCUCUUGUCAACAAGAACAAGUCGUCGGCAAUUGUGGAAAUAUUCUCCAAGUACCAGAAAGCAGCUGAAGAGGCCAACAUGGAAAAGAAGAAAAAUAACACUGAAAACCUCCCCCAGCACUUUAGAAGAGGGGCCCUGUCAGUGCUGAGAAAGAAGUGGGAGAGCCCCGUGGCCGGAGCGGAGCCCCACACAGACACAUUGCCGGGCAUCAGCAGAGAGGGGGGCCUCACGCCAGAUCACCCCCCUGCCGAGGGGACCCACAGCACUUCUUCUGGAGCCAGAGCUGACCAGGAAGAGCAGACCCAGCCCAAGCCUAGCCUUGGGUCUCAUCCGGAAGCCGCCCUUCAGUGUCGGCAUCCCUGCUCAGAGGACAGCCAGGAUCGGAAAGCCACAGAAAGUCAGAAAAUGGAAAAUUGUCUGGGAGAUUCCAGGCAUGAAGUAGAGAAAGCUGAGAUAAGUGAAAACACGGAAGCUUCGGGCAAAAUAGAGAAAUACAGUGUUCCACUGACCAGACUGAAGAUGAUGUUUGAGAAAGGUGAACACACGGCAGCCAAGAGUCUUUGGACCCAAAGCCGCAGCGCAGGCGGAAGGAGGCUCUCUGAGAACAGCUGCUCCCAGGACGACUUGGAAAUAGGUCCAGGUCAGUUCUCGUGUUCUGCACUCACCUCGGAGAAAAUCGAGGGUAAGCGGAGCGUGGAGCGGCCGCGCCUCUCCGAAACCUCCAUUAAGGACCGCAUGGCCAAGUACCAGGCUGCCGUGUCCAAGCAGAGCAGCUCCGCCAGCUACACAAAUGAGCUGAGAGCCAGCGGCGGCGAAGUCAGAACCCAGAGGUCGGAACAAAAGGAGAACGUGCCCCCGGGUCCUGAGGUCUCCCCUCAGGAAGGGAAGAAGGUUUCUGCAGCUGAGAAUAGCCUGGUGGCCCACUCUGUCCCUGCUGAAGAUGACACCUGUGACUCCCAGCUGACGACUGAGGCCCGGCAGCCUGUCCACCCCAAGCCUCUGAGUCCUGACCCCAGAACCUCCAGUCUUUCGGAAAGUUCUCCUUCCAAAACAGUGAAGAAGUUCCAGGCACCAGCACGAGAGAGCUGCGUGGAGUGCCAGAAGACUGUGUACCCCAUGGAGCGGCUCCUGGCCAACCAGCAGGUGUUUCAUGUCAGCUGUUUCCGCUGCUCCUACUGCAACAACAAGCUCAGUCUAGGAACGUAUGCGUCUUUACACGGAAGAAUCUAUUGUAAGCCCCACUUCAACCAGCUCUUCAAGUCUAAAGGCAACUAUGAUGAAGGCUUUGGGCACAGGCCACAUAAGGAUCUGUGGGCGAGCAAGAGUGAAAACGAAGAAACUCCGGAGAGGCCGGCCCAGCCGCCAAACGCCGGGGCCGGGGAGAGCCCCCACAGCCCCGGGGUUGAAGAUGCCCCCAUCGCCAAGGUGGGCGUGCUGGCCGCCAGCAUGGAAGCCAAGGCCUCCUCCCCGCGCGAGAAGGAAGACAGGCCCGCGGAGACCAAGAAGCUGCGCAUCGCCUGGCCGCCCCCCGCCGAGCUGGGCAGUUCGGGGAGUGUCGUGGAGGAAGGCCUCAAGGUGUGCAAGCCCAAGUGGCCUCCCGAGGAGGACGGCGCCAAGACGGAGGCCGCCGAGGACGUGGACCUGAAGAAGCUGAGGCGGUCGUCGUCCCUGAAGGAGAGGAGCCGCCCGUUCACGGUGGCUGCCUCCCUCCGAGCCUCCGCCAGGAGCCCCAAGGCUUCGUCGCCGCCACUCCGGAAGGGCUGGAGCGCGGAGCAGGGCGAGGAGGGAGGGAGGGGGCGGGGGGAGGGCGGCGACGCCGCGCGGCCGCGCUGGCAGAACGGGGGUCCUGGCAGCGAGGAGGCCGAGGACGGCGGCCCUGUCCCGGCGCCGCCGUCUCCGCCGUCUCCGCCGCAGCCUCCCAGUCGGCCUGGCUUCGCAGACCUCGCGGCCACCCAGAGCCCGAAACCCCAGGGUGGGGGGUCCUGGGAGGGGGAGGGGGUCCGGGAGCUGUCCGUGGAGGAGCAGAUCAAGAGGAACCGGUACUACGACGAGGAGGAGGACGAGGAGUGACCGCGGCGCCCGCCGCCCUGCUAGCGAAUCGCUGCCCUUUGUCACGGUGCUCGGAAGCGGGCCGCCCGGCGCCCGCCGUCAUCCCUGUGGGCGCAAUUUAGAAACGACCCCCCGCCCCCCAAACCACACCCACAAGCACGGAGAACCGGCUAGUGGCCGUCCCUCGAGCCCCGCAGGGUGGCGCAUGCGCCCUCAUCCCAGCCCGGUCUCCAGCGUGAGUUCCAGGCCAGCCGGGUCCACCCAGAGAGACCCUCCCUGUCUGGAAAAAUCAAGAGGAAACUCCAUUUCAGCGGCGAGGACGUGUAAGGGCUGAGCAGGGAGUUCUCUCACCGGCGCAGCCCGCGUCCACUGCCUUCCCCAAAGUCAGCACCGAGGUGGCUGCACAGAGGCAGCUUUUCACACUGCAAACACCACUGCGGGGUUAGACACACGCACAACAGUCCAGGAGCCUGCAUAUCGUGACCGGAAGCACGUCAGUGUAAAGGGACAGUGUAGAUAUUUUUCCAAUUUCGGGUUUUAGUACUCAGCUGUCGAAAUCAAACAUUUGGUCUUUCGAACUCUUUUUUUUUUUUUUUUUAAUGCAUUUUCUUCCUCUGGUAGAUACGGGAAACUUACUGCCUUCCCUCCUGCUCUCGGCGUCUUUAGUCACGGAGGUAUGAAGCCGUCGGCAGCCCUUGGCCCGGUGAGGUGGCUCGCUGUGUAAGGCGCCGGCCCCACCGGCCUGCCCGCCUGACCCAGCACCCCUGUGAGAGCCUCCGCAGAGCUGUCCUCUGACGGACAUCCCCGGCACCCGUGCCCGUCGACGGUGACAUAAACAAGAAAGAGAACGCAGCCAACCUUCCGAAUGCCUUCGAGACAAAGGGCCACCUGCCCGCCGGUGCGGGCCGCGCCAGGGGCCAGCGGCACUGCCCUGUGCCCCGCCGCUGGGCUUCUCUUCUGGUGGCAGAUGGUAUUUCCAGGGUUAAAUCAAUGUUUGGUCUUCUUGGGUGGUGUCCUAGUUUGAUUCUCCGUUGCUCUGAUAAAACACUGGGCAGAAGUGGCCUGGAGGAGGAAGGGUCCUUUCCACUUACAGGGCACAGUCCAGGCCCAGGGAAGCGGGGCAGGAACCGGGCUGCAGGAGGGUUGCGGAGGCCUCGGAGGAGCGCCGCUCACGGGCCGGCUUUCUCACACAGCCCAGGCCGCCGGCAGCCCACCACAGGGAGAGUUCUCUAGGAUGAUAACAUCAUAAGCAAGUGCAUUUACUUUACCCAUAUCCCAAAUUACGAGUAUGGGGGGGUGUUUUUAAGGUAUAGUCCUUUUGGGUUUAUAGAGAUUUAGCUCGGCUUUAGAGAUGUAAAAUAAUGUUCCCUGAUAGUCUUAUUCAGCCUGAAACAUUUUUAUUCAAUAAAGCUUUUAAUUUACA